AUGUCGUCCGCUUCUACAGAAUUUGAUAGCCUAUGCAAAGAGAUCACAGACUCAAGCUAUCCCAUAAUCAUAGCUAAUUCUGGCCAUUUCAUAGUCCUUGAAAUUCUUUUCCUCUUGCCUAUCUUUUUCUCUCUCAUCGUAUAUCCUUCUUUCUACCUUGCCCUCUUUCAUCCCGAUUAUGAUUUCGCCAUUUUCACUCGGAGUAUUCAAUCCCAUCUUUUCUUUUCCAAUUUCGAAAUUAUUACUUUCCUUGUAUACACUCUGGUUUUGGUCCUGCUUUACCUCUGUGCUGUAGCCACAAUUACAUACAGUGCCGUUCAAGCAUCCAAUGGUAGACCCAUCAACGUCGUUUCGUCUAUUAGAUCUAUCAAAAAAUCCUUCUUCCCCCUUCUCUCCACCUUUAUCGUUUCAAAUACCAUUUUCAUUUCAAUCACUCUCAUUUUUGCCCUUGUCUUGGUUAACUGGUCGUUAGCUUAUGUGAUAGCAUUGGUUGAAUCCAAACGGGGUUACGAAACACUGAGGAGAAGUGCCUAUUUGGUAAAGGGGAUGAGAUCGCUAGCUCUAUGGAUACACGUGUUGCACGGGCUUGCGCUGGGAGGAGUGGUGAUUGGCACUAACGUCUAUUUAAUCCAUUUUGGUGCAGUGACGGCUGAUCAGCUGUGGGGGAGCUUCGCCGUGAUAAUAUCGCUGACUUUUCAGUGUUGGGUGCUAGGAGCUAUGUUGACGAAUAUGUUAUUUGUAGUGAACGUGGUUCUGUAUAAAUAUUACAAGGAUUUGAACGGCGAAAAAUUGCCCUUGGAGAUCGACGGCAAGUUUCUCGGCGAGUUCGUAUCCUUGUCUUUGGAUGAUGACAAGAAUCAUGGCACUCUGUAA